CAUCUCCGCAUUCCCUUCUCCUCACGCAUCUCAGGGGUUUGCUGGUUCCAGUCUCGAUGUCUGGGAGGACUUAUUCGAUGUGCUGAAGGCCUAUGGUUCUUCUUUCCCUCCCUUAUCUCGUGUUGAUUGAUCUUCUUGAUUUGCUGCCUUCUGAUUUCCGUUUGCGGAGGACUAUUUUGCGGAGAAGUGAAAAGGCAGGCCCAUCUUGCCAGGCACGCCGUUAUCUUGCCCCUGGUCGGACCCGAAACACUCUACCCAGGCAGUUAUUGCCCGCUUGAGGCCCUUCAAAGAACCAUAAUUUGUGAACACUCGUCCUCAUCCAGAUCGCGCUAUCACGGCCGAAGGGGGAGACACUAUGACGCCAUCCCGUGAUAAGCCCGAUUCAGCUAUCGACAAGAGGGAUUUUGAUGCUCAUCGCCCGUUACUCGAUGAUGCAGAUGCUGAGGCGGAUGAGCAACAACGAGGACACCUACGGUCACGGCCACAGUCGUGUUUAUCGGCCACCAACAAUGACGAUGGUCUCCUGAAUGAUGUUGUCGACGAGAUCCUAGAAAGGGAUAGAAAGAAGAUGGCCAAGGAAGUGGUGCGGGUUAGCAGUUUUGCGUGGGGAGUUAUCAGCUGUCUUGGAGCUGGUAGCAUUACCGCGUUCUCGCUCUACGGACCCCUGUUGCUCACUCGUCUCCACUACACUCAACUCCGGGUCAAUGCUGUCGCAAUCGCCGCAGAGGUUUCGAUGUACUUACCUGUCCCGCUUUUUGGAUAUCUGUGUGAUCGGUACAGCCCAUCUCCGCUGGCCUUAUUCUCUGGUUUCGUGUUUGGGGCUGGGUACCUUCUGGCUGCACUGGCCUUCAAGAGUGGACCACCUCCUGAUGCGGGUGGCGACGGCUGGCCAUUUUGGGUGAUGAUUGUGGCAUUCAUCGCCAUUGGCGUUGCUACCAGUUGCAUGUACUUGGCUGCGGUCGCAACAUGUGCCAAAAAUUUUGGCAGGGGUAAGCAUAAGGGAAUCAUGCUUGCUGUUCCUAUCGCGGGUUUUGGCCUUAGUGGCAUGUGGCAGAGCCAAGUAGGAACGUACUUCCUAUGUGACCGUCUUGAAGAUGGUACGCGUGGGGAUGUCAAUGUAUAUAAGUACUUCUUGUUUCUCGCCAUCCUGUUGUUCUGCGUUGGUGUACUUGGCACCUUUGCCCUCAGGAUCGUGGAUGAGAACGAAGACAAGUACAUUGACGAGGCGGUAGAGGAGUUGGAGCGCAGUGGUCUCCUUGAGGAGAGCGAGUUCUUCCGGCCCAGGAACGACGACAGAACCGCUUAUGGAACGUUUUCGCAGGCCGAGGACGGCACCGGAUCCGAUGGAGACCAAACUCUGACACUGUCAGAAGAGGAGCGAGAAGCAGCAAGACUUGAGAAGGAAAGGGAAGAAGAAGAACGCCGGAAGAAGAACUGGCUGCUGAACUACGAGACGAGGAUCUUCCUCCAGGACAAGUCAAUGUGGUGGCUUGCCAUUGGCUUCUUCCUGGUCACUGGGCCAGGAGAGGCAUAUAUCAAUAACCUGGGCACUAUUGUCCAAUCCUUGACUCCUGUAUCAAAUAUUACAAAUGCCUCGUCACCUGCAGGCUUACCAUCAACCCAUGUUAGCACCAUCGCGCUGACCUCGACCAUUGCCCGACUUCUCACCGGCUCGCUCUCCGACCUCUUCGCCCCUCCAGCAACCCAUCUCUUCCCCGGUCCGAGUAGCCGCCCUGCCUCCAUCACAUCGGAUACCAAUCGCACCACCUUCACCCGCCUUGCAUUUCUCCUCCCCUCCGCCUUCCUCCUCUCCAUCGGCUAUCUCCUUCUCUCCUCCCCGAUUCUUCUCUACCACCCCGGAUUCACCCACCUUACCACAGCCCUGAUUGGUCUCGGCUACGGCAGUGCCUUUUCUCUCGUCCCGAUUAUCAUCUCUGUCGUCUGGGGAGUCGAGAACUUUGCCACCAACUGGGGUAUCGUUGCCAUGGUUCCAGCCGCCGGAGCCGCCGUCUGGGGUUUGGUCUAUUCGCAAGGGUACCAGGAUGCUAUGGACGACGGAAAUGGCACGAAUGACGGCCAAUGUCAUGGCUGGAGGUGCUUUGGAUUCUGGGCCGUGGGAUGUACGGUAAGCGUUUGGAUCGCCAUUGGGGCUUGGUUGAUUGCAUGGAGGUAUUGGAGACGACGAGGAGUCGUUGUUUAAUUCCAUAGAAUUGUCUUCUUCCCCCCCCUUAGCCUACCUCAUUUUGGGUAUGCUUAAGCCAUGUUGGUGUUGCUCAUUAUAUUAGCCGCUCAUUGCGUUGCCUUCCCUUUUUUUCAUAUACCUUCAUUCGAAGCGGCGCGACUACCCCAAUGCGGGUAGUAUUGACUUACACAUUCGCUGAUUGAUGGUCCAAGUUGCUAUUGCUACUUUAGCGGGGAGGGGUUUCGGGUCGUUCGUUUCACAGACCAUACUUAACACAUAUACGUCUUAUCGGGCUACUAGAAUAUCGUUUGAUUAUCUACCUAUAUUAUAUAUGCAUUGCAUACCAUGCAUGGCUUUGAGCUGAACUGAUUGAAUGAUGAUCACUAUCAAAUAGCCACACGCGGCAUGCCUUGUUUACGUCAAAGAUCGCUUCAUCAUAGAACUCUAUACUAAACCC